CCUGGGAGGGGCGGGGCCGUGUGAGGCUCUGCUGAGAGGUCGCGGGACCCCCGGCCGGAAGCAGGUGGAAGCCCCCUGAAUCUUGCAUUCAGGGCGCGCCCCCCGAACGCUGGGCCCUUGUCCCCUCCGCCCUCUCCCUAGCGUACGUCCGAGCCCGGGAUUUCUGCGGCUGCCGGGUAGACGCCGAGCCCAGGACCAUGAGCGUGGGCUUCAUCGGCGCGGGCCAGCUGGCCUGUGCCCUGGCGCGCGGCUUCACGGCCGCAGGCAUCCUGUCGGCUCACAAGAUAAUAGCCAGCUCGCCGGAAAUGGACCUGCCCACGGUGUCCGCACUCAGGAAGAUGGGGGUGAACCUGACCCGGAGCAACAAGGAGACAGUGAGGAACAGCGACGUCCUGUUUCUGGCCGUGAAGCCACACAUCAUCCCCUUCAUUCUGGAUGAGAUCGGUGCCGAUGUCCAGCCCAGGCACAUUGUAGUCUCUUGUGCAGCCGGUGUUACCAUCAGCUCAGUGGAGAAGAAGCUGAUGGCAUUUCAGCCGGCCCCCAAGGUGAUUCGCUGCAUGACCAACACACCUGUGCUGGUGCGGGAGGGUGCCACGGUGUACGCCACAGGCACCCAUGCCCUGGUGGAGGAUGGGCAGCUCUUGGAACAGCUCAUGAGCAGUGUGGGCUUCUGCACCGAGGUGGAGGAGGACCUGAUCGAUGCCGUCACAGGGCUCAGCGGCAGUGGGCCUGCCUAUGCAUUCAUGGCACUGGAUGCGCUGGCUGAUGGCGGGGUGAAGAUGGGCCUGCCGCGGCGCCUAGCAGUCCGGUUGGGGGCCCAGGCCUUGCUGGGGGCUGCCAAGAUGCUGCUGGACUCGGAGCAGCAUCCAGGCCAGCUCAAGGACAACGUCUGCUCCCCCGGAGGGGCCACCAUCCAUGCCCUGCACUUCCUAGAGAGUGGCGGCUUCCGCUCCCUGCUCAUCGAUGCUGUCGAGGCCUCCUGCAUCCGAACACGAGAGCUGCGGUCCAUGGCUGACCAAGAAAAGAUCUCCCCAGCCGCCCUCAAGAAGACGCUCCUGGACAGAGUGAAGCUGGAAUCCCCCACAGUGUCCACACUGACCCCCUACAACUCAGGGAAGCUGCUCACGAGAAGCCCGACCCUGGGAAACAAGAAGAACUGAGGCCGCCUCUGUCCCCGCUGUGACCAGGGCCCUCGCCGGAGGGGGCCGUGUAGGGCGAGGGCAGAUCUUGUUACAAAACCUCCUUAAACCUGUUCAGACCAAGCAGCUCUCGCUCCCCCUCCCGUCCCGUAUUGGAAGAUGCUCUGAAGGGGUGAUCGAUGCUAGAAGCCAGAGGCCCCUGCUUGCCUCCACUGUUGGGGCCCAGCUCAGGCGGGAAGGUCUCGGGAGGACCUUCCACCAGCAUUCUCCAGCUGGAGCCAGGAUCAGUGUGAUGCCACGUCAGGUGAGAGGUACAAAACAUGACAAGGGCAUUUCUCUUUGAAUUGAAAGUGAGCACCUUAGAAUUGUCACAGUUAAUCAGAAAUGGCACGAGAUGAGACUAUGCUCUAAGUCUUGCUUCAUAGGUGCACCAUCGAGAAAGUGUUAAUCGGUGCUGCUAAGUUUAGUAGCUUUAAUAAAGUUUUCUUUUUUAUUA